GCGACGCGAAGAGAAAGGUCCCUCGUCUCCAAUCCGGCGCUGUCUCCCUGGGUUCCUGUGGUUUCCUUGUUGGCUUCCAGACACGUCUCUUCUUCCAGGACCAAGGACUGCUCCCUCAUGGCUGAGGUGAAAGUGAAGGUGCAGGCACCCGACGCGGUUCCGGUCGAAAUAGAAAAUAGGAUUAUAGAAUUAUGUCAUCAGUUUCCUCAUGGAAUCACAGACCAAGUAAUUCAGAAUGAAAUGCCUCAUAUAGAAGCCCAACAGCGGGCAGUGGCCAUCAAUAGACUCUUGUCCAUGGGUCAGUUGGAUCUCUUAAGGAGUAACGCAGGCCUUUUAUACAGAAUAAAGGACUCUCAGAAUGCAGGCUCUGUCUCAUUCUUUUUAAGUAAAAUGAAAGGAUCAGAUAACCAGGAAAAGCUGGUCUAUCAGAUCAUAGAGGAUGCAGGGAAUAAAGGAAUAUGGAGCAGAGAUAUCCGAUAUAAAAGUAACUUGCCAUUAACAGAAAUCAACAAAAUUCUAAAGAAUUUGGAAAGUAAAAAACUUAUCAAAGCUGUUAAGUCUGUAGCGGCUUCCAAAAAGAAAGUGUACAUGCUGUACAACCUGCAGCCAGACCGGUCUGUGACUGGUGGGGCCUGGUAUAGUGACCAGGAUUUCGAAUCUGAAUUUGUAGAGGUGCUUAACCAGCAGUGUUUUAAAUUCCUACAAUCCAAGGCAGAAACAGCUCGAGAAAGCAAACAGAAUCCAAUGAUCCAAAGAAAUAGUUCAUUUGCGUCUUCACAUGAAGUAUGGAAAUACAUCUGUGAACUGGGAAUCAGUAAGGUAGAGCUGUCCAUGGAGGACAUCGAAACCAUCCUGAACACCCUCAUUUACGAUGGGAAAGUGGAAAUGACUAUCAUUGCUGCCAAAGAAGGCACAGUGGGUAGUGUGGACGGACACAUGAAGCUGUACAGGGCCGUCAGCCCGAUCCUCCCACCCACGGGCUUGGUGCGGGCGCCCUGUGGCCUCUGCCCGGUCUUUGAUGACUGCCAUGAAGGCGGUGAGAUUUCACCCUCUAAUUGUAUUUACAUGACCGAGUGGCUCGAAUUUUAAUAAAGAGCUAUGAACUUUACUGACAUUUUGCAAAUGAGGUUACUUCAAGAGCAACUAAUUGAGUUUAUAACGGAACUUUGAAUUUCCUUGAAAACAUACUUCACCAUCGUGGCUACAGACUUGCUGCUUUGACAGCCUUUGCUUCUUUAUGUUAUGAAGACUGAAUCUGUGCUGGUAGAGUACCACCAAAAACGGGCUGGGCUCUGGAGAACCCACUCUGCAGCACUGGAGAGCCUUGGCCUUUGCUGCUCUGGAGGUUUGGAUGACUCAGAAGCCAGAAGUCUACCAUGCACUUGGUAAUGGCUGGAGCACAGAAGUGUUUAAGGUUAAUUUGUUAACGUGUUCACUGGGAACAUUUAGCUGCUUCACUUCUGCCUGUGGGACUGAAAUACAAGCAAUGUAAGCAAGAAUACUGACGGGUGCUUUCUGAAUGCAAUUUGGAUGGAGUCAAACCAGCAGCAGAACCUCCUGUGUUCAGUAAAACUGAAUAAUUUCAGUAUUUUAGAUUUAAUUUUGCAAAAUUACAUAUAUAUAUGUAUAUGUAUAUAUAUAUGUAUGUAUAUAUAUAUAUAUAUAUAUAUAUAUAUAUAUAUAUAACUAAGUAUCUUUUAUGAAGACACUUUUAAAAAAGGACUUGUAUGAGUGUCCCAUCCCUGCUGUUCAGGGAGGCAAACAUGAGCCAGCUGGCCAAUCUGAGCUCAAGACCCGCCUUGGGAGACUGAACUGAAUCUUGCUCUUUUUGGCUACCUCUGCCUGGGAUUCCUGUGCUGGGCAGCACUGCUCAGUUCUGUGGGCUUGAGUUAAUUAUGGUAGGAAUGAAGACUGUCAGAACAAUGUCUUUCUUUCUUAACUGUAUAUAUUAGGAUUUUUUUUUCUUUUGAAAGAAGACAAAGUAUUACAAAUGGUUGUUGUUUAUAUACAUUUAUAGGAAACAAAGCAAGGCAGAGUAAUGCAAUUACUAAUUACAAAUGAUUAAAGUAAAAUUAAAUUCUGAUUGUAAGUUUGGUCAAAUCAGUGAUAACCAGUCUCUAAGAACAUUAUUCUACUAAUGUAUCUAAUUUGCUUUUUACUAACUUGUCAAAUAAGUUUUGUUCAAUGUAAUAAAUUCAGAUAAUCCCCAGGUGGAAAAAGUAAAAUGAAGACUUGUCACAUGUACCUGCCAAAUUUUCAUUCCCCAAGAUAGCUGCUAUUAAAAGUUCAAAUGUCUUUUCCAGACUUUGAUCAUGUCUAGAAAC